AUUCCCCGAAUUGAAGAAUAGACUAAAAAUCUGAAACCGUGACAGCCCGACACUGACAUAAAAAUUUUGAUCGUAAUAAAAGGAAAUAUUUUUUGUAAAUAAUCUCUUUAGAAACACUUAAUUAAACAUGUCGGAUAACCAAGAAUUAGAUAAAGCGAGCGCUGACCCGGAAUUAGAAGAUUUAUUAGACAGUACCCUCGAAGAGAUGACAAAGAAGCAGCAGUCAGCAGCCUCAACAGCUGAGGGUCCCAGCAAUGUGCCGUCCAACAUGUGGAGUGAGGAAUUCAUUAAGGAAGCCGCUGCACAAUUUGAGAGUAACAUGUCGGCUAUACUGAGCAGCUUUAGUGGGGUUCCUGAGGACCAAAUAACACAAGAACAGAUUGCCCAGACAUUCACAAAAAUGGCAGAGGCGGCGGCUCACGUGCUGAAGCCGGACGGCACGUCAGAGGAGGUGGCCGCCCUGCCCCCGGCCGCAGCCGUCGAUCCUGACGUACAGACCAAUAUUGAUGAGGUGUCCGCAGCAAUUUCACAGACAUUGAAAAAUUUGAACACAAAUUCAGAAAAUCUGAACACACCGUUUUCUGACCAAGAUCUCGCUAGCAUGUUCAACAAUUUAAAUUUCGGCGAAGGACAGCAAGAAACAAACAUGUUCGUGCCGUUCAUGCAAGGCAUGAUGCAGUCUCUCUUAUCUAAAGAGGUAUUGUACCCAUCACUGAAGGAUUUAGUCGACAAAUACCCUACUUGGUUAGCGGAAAAUAAGGGCAAGAUUGAACAGAGUGAAUAUGAGAGGUUCGAGAAACAGCAGAAGUUGAUGGAACAGGUCUGCAGCGAACUGGAGCCUGAACAGGAGUCAGACCCUGACGAUGUCAAGAGGAAGAGGUUCGAAGUCGUACUCGAACUUAUGCAGAAGAUGCAGGACCUAGGCCAGCCCCCGACCGAGCUCGUCGGUGACAUCGGCGUCCCGCCGCACGGGUUCGCGGCGCCCGCGCCCGACGCAUCGCAGUGCUCCAUUAUGUAAGAGUGGCCUGAUUGAUUCACACUUGAUUGAUUCAUAAAUGAUUGAUUCAAAA